AUGUCGCAGCUAGAAAUUCUCCCGGCAGUCAAUCCGAUCGACUUUUCUAUAUCGUCAUCUGAUUCCUAUGCGCAAUUCCAUGAAAGUAGCCUUCCGUGGACUGCAAAUGCGUUGGUUAACGACGCACAUACCCCUUCUUCUACCUUGCGCGUGACCCCUGACCCAUCUCACGAACCAGAAGUCAUUUUCCCAUCUUUACCCCCACUUCACUCCGGCCACCCAGAAAUUCACCUCCGUAAUGGCAUUAUGAAUGCUUCUCGCCUCUCGGCGGCCCAUGAACCGGAUGCCGAAAAGGCAUUUUUCGUUGGAGAUCUCAGUGUUGUUUAUGAACAACAUCAACGCUGGAAGGCGUGUCUCCCAGAAAUCCAACCGUUCUAUGCGGUCAAAUGCAACCCGGACCCCUACGUCAUACGCCUACUCGCUUCUUUGGGCGCUGGGUUCGAUUGCGCUUCGAACAACGAGAUUGCACAAAUUCUCGAUGUUGGAGGUAUCGAUCCAUCCAGGAUUAUAUUCGCGAACCCGUGCAAAGCGGUUUCCUUCAUUCGCAAUGCGGCGAAACGCGGCGUCGACAAAAUGACAUUCGACAACGCCGACGAACUUUACAAAAUAGCACGGGCCCACCCCCGUGCCCAAUGCAUCGUCAGAAUUCUGACAGACGAUUCAAAGAGCCUUUGUGCUUUUGGUAUAAAAUUCGGGGCUCCGCUUGUAACUGUCCCAGGUCUGCUGGCCAAGGCUAAAGAGUUGAACCUUGACGUGGUUGGUGUCAGCUUUCAUGUGGGCAGCGGGUGCUACGAUCCUUCUGUAUAUAUGGAUGCGAUCAUGCGCGCCCGUGCCGUAUUUGAUAUGGGAAAAGAAGCAGGAUACACAUUCACUUUACUCGACGUGGGCGGUGGUUUUGAAGACGCACGCUUUGAGCAUGCCGCGUCGGUUUUAACCCAGGCGAUCGACCGUUAUUUCCCCGAUCGCAAGGACAUCAAAAUCAUCGCGGAACCGGGAAGGUUCUACGUAUCCAAGGCUUUCAGACUUGCCGCUCAUAUCAUCGCUCGUCGUGCUCCUCUCUCGAAGGAGACUUCCCAGGAAACCGCAGAUACGACGUCCGAUCAGCCAGCUGUCAUGUACUAUAUCAAUGAUGGCGUAUACGGCGCGUUCAACUGCAUCCUGUUCGAUCAUCAAGUGGUGCACCCUUAUGUGCUGUCGAUGAACGGAUCGUUCCAUAUCUCUGAUUCGGAGCCCAAGCACGUCAGCAGCGUAUGGGGACCCACAUGCGACUCUAUUGAUUGCGUGUCCGCGUCGACCGUGCUUCCAAGCUCGCUCCAGGUCGGUGAUUGGUUGGGCUUUGACAAUAUGGGUGCCUAUACUGUCUGCGCUGCCAGCCAAUUUAACGGCUUCGAGGUUAGCAACGUGAUCUACACCACAGGAAGCUCCGGCUCCGCUGAGGUACGCGCUGCUCUUGCUGCCUUUGCUGCCGAAGGCCAUGGGCUUUAG